AUGGAAGACGAAACAACGACAAUACCUUGUUACAGAAUACUGUACAGGAUUGUUAUUUUUUCAGAAAUAUUGUUGAUACUCCUAUCCAUUAUCGAGAUUACCCUCACAAUGUUAUAUUACUCCAACAACAUAGCUAUAGUAAUCAUGAAUUUUGGAAUAUUCUUCAUGCUGAUAUGAAGAGCCAUGUUGCUAUGUUGGACUUACUUGAAGUCAAGAUUUAGAUGAUUUCUGAUGACCACUAAAUCAGGCUUGGCUUUGGGGAUAAUUGUGAUGAACUCAUUCAAAACUUUGAGUGUGGCCAAACUAGAUGAGGAUGAGGGAGUAAAACUCCUUUUCACUAAUAUAAUCAUUACUAAUCUUAUUUGCUUGCUUUUAGAAGCAGGCGCAUACGGAGUAUUAUCAUUAAAGAUAAAAUAUCUGAUAAAAUUACCCUCCAAAAAGGACUCGACUGUAAAGGCCAAGCAAGCUAGCACCAAACCAUUUGAUUAUGAACAGCUUGUUAAACCCGAAUCUCCUAAGGAGAAUAAAGUGGAAAAAGAAUUACAAAGAAAAUAAAAUUCUUUAUAUUAUUGAAGACAAUAGCAGCAUGCAGUAUUACGAAGGGACCAAAACCAGCAAGCUCAUGAGCUCAGAAAAUAAUGACAAAAUGGAGGAAAUGAUUAAUGAAAUUGUUAAGGAAGAACAGAAAACAUCAAGCAACCUUUUCUCUGAGACAGGGAGUAUUCGAUCAUAUGGCAGCCUAGCCAAUCUUAGAAAUCAGAGAAUAACAAAUAAUUUGGAACCAGGAGAGAGCCCUCAGUUCGGCUGAGAAAUAGUCAGAGAAAAUUCUAGCCUAAAUUUAAGCAAUAUUAAUUCAUCAAAACUUAUGUUUAAAGAAGAGCUACAAAAUGCUCAUAUCAAGAAUAAUACAAUUGCUAAUAUUUUUGGCAAAAAGAGGAUAUCAUCAUUUAGUUUUAUGGGAUCUGAGGGAUCAUCUCAAACAUCAGAGGCAAACAUGCAAAGUGGGUUUACUUCAUCGAGCAAAUACAUAAGCACUGAGACUAAAGGCACUCCCCAAUUUUCGGCUUUUAAAAAGUCUAUUAGAAAUAAAUCAAGUAUGAAAAGCUUGCCCAGUUCAAGUCCGUUUAGAAACACUCUUGCCCAAAAAGCAGAGAUGGUAAAAAUGCAAAAGAGUGGGAAUACUGAUGAAGAGAACUCUAAAAAUAAAGCUGGAAAAAGGAACUCUGCUAUUUCUAAACGCCCAUAUAUCAGUAUUUCAUCAAUCUACACACUUAACUCAGGUGAUGAUAGUAGAGCUAAUAGUGCUAUUCUAAGUUAUGCUCUCCAAGUUACUGACCAACCGAAGUCCCAAAUAAUCUCCUCUCCCAGUAUGAUGCAAGAUCAUUCUAGUGGAGAGAAGCCUCCAGCUAAACCUCCAUCAAGCUUAUCUGCAAAGGUGAAUCCAAAGGCAUACACAAAAAGAAUGUAGGCCAAACCUCCCAGUCUAAACUACUAAUUUGUAAAAUCCUCUU